AUGUUGGCUCAGGCAAGGCAGUCGUUCAUGAGCGUUCUGUUUGCUCUUGUUUCGCUCCUGUCCCUCUCGCUGCUGCUGUCGUCCACCCCGUACGCGGGAUCGGCUGUGGCUGCGCAGGACAAGCGUGGUGAAUACGGCACGGUAAUCGGUAUUGACUUGGGUACCACGUACUCGUGUGUCGGUGUACAGCGUCAGGGCCGUGUCGAAAUCAUUGCCAACGACCAGGGUAACCGUAUUACACCCUCUUACGUGGCCUUCUCCAAGGAUGACGAGCGUCUCAUUGGUGACGCUGCCAAGAACCAGGCCGCCCAGAACCCCGAGAACACGAUCUUUGACGCGAAGCGUCUCAUUGGUCGCAAGUGGGGUGAGGCUGAUGUUAAGAAGGACAUCAAGCACUUCCCCUUCAAGCUCGUUGAGAAGAAGGGUAAGCCUGCCAUCCAAGUGACGGUGCACGGUAAGCCGAAGGUGUUUACGCCUGAGGAAAUCAGCGCUAUGGUGCUUCAGAAGAUGAAGGAGACCGCUGAGGCAUAUCUCGGCCACAAGGUGACACACGCCGUCGUCACGGUCCCUGCGUACUUUAACGAUGCUCAGCGUACUGCCACUAAGGACGCUGGUACGAUUGCUGGUCUCGAGGUGCUCCGCAUUGUGAACGAGCCCACCGCUGCCGCUAUCGCGUACGGUCUGGACAAGAAGGAGGGCGAGUCACAGAUUAUCGUGUACGAUUUGGGCGGUGGUACGUUUGAUGUCUCGCUGCUCUCGAUCGACGCUGGCGUGUUUGAGGUGCUUGCCACUGCCGGUGACACUCAUCUGGGUGGUGAGGACUUUGACAACCGUGUGUCGGAGUACCUGCUCAAGCAGUUUAAGAAGAAGGAAGACCUCGAUGCCUCGAAGAACAAGCGCAGUGUCGGUAAGCUCAAGCGUGAGGUGGAGCGUGCUAAGCGUACGCUGUCCAGCCAGAUGAGCACGCGUAUUGAGAUUGAGAGCUUCUUUGAUGGCAAGGACUUCUCGGAGACGCUCACGCGUGCCAAGUUCGAGGAACUGAACAUGGACCUUUUCCGUCGUACGCUCAAGCCCGUCGAGCAGGUGCUUAAGGACGCUGGCGUUAAAAAGGACGAGAUUGACGAUGUUGUGCUGGUUGGUGGCUCUACUCGUAUCCCCAAGGUGCAGCAGAUGCUCAAGGAGUUCUUCAACGGCAAGGAACCUUCUAAGGGUAUCAACCCGGAUGAGGCCGUCGCAUGGGGCGCUGCCGUCCAGGGUGGUGUGCUCUCAGGUGACGAAUCGCUCGGUGGUGUGGUGCUGAUCGAUGUUAACCCUCUUACGCUCGGUAUCGAGACCACGGGUGGUGUGAUGACGAAGCUGAUCCCACGUAACACGGUGGUGCCUACCAAAAAGAGCCAGAUCUUCAGUACGGCCGCUGACAACCAGAACACUGUGUUGAUCCAGGUGUUCGAGGGUGAGCGUUCGAUGACGAAAGACAACAACUUGCUCGGCAAGUUUGAACUCAACAACAUUCCUCCGGCUCCGCGUGGCGUGCCGCAGAUCGAAGUGACGUUCGAAGUGGAUGCCAACGGUAUCAUGAAAGUCAUGGCCGCCGACAAGGGUACGGGCCGCAGCGAAUCGAUUACGAUCACAAAUGACAAGGGUCGUCUUUCGAAGGAGGAGAUCGACCGCAUGGUGGCAGAGGCCGAGGAGUUCGCCGAGCAGGAUGAAGCGAUCCGCAAGCGUGUUGAGGCCGUGAACAACUACCAGAAUUUCAUCUCGAUGCUCCGUACUCAGGUCACCGACAAAGAGGGCUUGGGCGGUAAGCUGGAUUCCAAUGACAAGGCUACGAUCCAGCAGCACAUCAAGGAUGCCGAAAAGUGGAUGGAGGAGAAUGGCCAGGCUGCCGAGGCUCAGGACAUUGAGGAGCAUCUUCAGGAGCUUCAGGCUGCCAUUUCUCCCAUCACUGCUAAGGUGUACAGUGCUGGUGGCGCUGGCGGCGCUGGCUCAGAUGAGCCUCUUAACUACCACGACGAGCUCUAA